UGAGUGGUAGUGACAUUCGCAUUGUGCAGCAGUCGGUGAACAGACUCCUGUCCUCGCUGCCUCUGUGCUCAGCAUCAUGUCUGUUUACUUGUCAAAAGGCAGCUGGGGCAGUGGGAGCUCCCUACGAUUCUCACAGAGUGGAGGUGGCAGAUCCAGUGCCCGGGUGUAUCAGUCUCAGAGUAUGUAUGGGUUUGGGUCACAACCUCGCAUCGCCUCAGUGUCCAGCAUGGCAUUGGGCAGUGGCCUGGCAGCAGGAAGCAGCUCCCUGAGCAGUGGGCUGGCGAUGGGAGGCGGCUCACUGGUAGCUAAUGAGAAGAUGACCAUGCAGAAUCUGAAUGAGCGCCUGUCCACCUACCUGGAGAACGUACACUCCCUAGAAGAUGCCAACAGCAAACUGGAACUGCAGAUCCGCCAGUACAAUGAGAAAGCAACGCCCGCUCAGAGAGACUGGAGCGUCUACUGGGUCACCAUCAAAGAUCUCCGUGACCAGAUUAAUAAUUGCAUCCUCGAUAACUCCAGGCUUAUGCUGCAGGUUGACAAUUCUAAACUUGCUGCUGAAGACUUCAAAAACAAAUUUGAAACGGAGCUGGGAAUCCGAAUGGCAGUGGAGGCAGAUAUUAAUGGAUUGCGUAAAUUGUUGGAUGAUAUGACACUGGAGAAGAGUCAACUUGAGAUGCAGAUUGAAAAUCUAAAGGAGGAGUUAAUCUACAUCAAGAAAAAUCAUGAGGAGGAACUUAAGGGCCUUCGUGGUCAGAUCUCUGGUAACAUUACUGUGGAUGUCACAGCUGAACAAGGUCCGGAUGUGGCGAAGGCUCUGGCUGAGCUCAGGGAAGAGUAUGAAAAUAUAGCAGCUAAGAACAGACGUGAAGCUGAGGAAUGGUACUCUCAACAGUGUAUAACUGUGCAGCAGGAACACUCUCUCAGUGUUGACGCCUGUCAAGCAGAGAAGGCCCAACUGACUGAACUGAGGCAGAAUUUGCAGGGCUUGGAUAUGGACUAUCAGUCCCUGCUUAGCAUAAUUGCAUCUCUGGAGGCAAAUCUUAGAGACGUUGAGCUUCGUUAUGCUGGUCAGAGAGACGAGCUUCAGAUAACCAUUAGCAGGCUGGAGGCGCAACUAAUAGAAAUCCGACGCAAAAUAGAAGAGAAUGUGAAAGAGUAUGCCACACUGCUGGACAGUAAAUGUUUGUUGGAGAGGGAAAUUACCACCUACCGUCAACUAUUGCAUGGGGGCUCGAGCCAAAUAUCAAAUUCACAAACAACAGGUCAAAACAAGACAGUUGUGAUCAGAAGUGAAGUGAGAUCUGAGCCUGUUGUCUCGAAGACAGUGAAGAGAGUGGUGGAGGAAUCAAUUAAUGGUGUUGUGGUAUCCUCAUCUGUCGAGAACAUCAGCAUCAAGUAAUAACAAGCUAACCAUUUUGAUCUAUCAUCUGCAUUUUCCAAAAUAUACCUCUUUUCUAUUAGAAGAAAGAAACCAAACCUUCAAAAACAUAACAUUUUAAUGCUUUUCCAUCUGCCUGUAUUUCUGAGGAUUCAAUAAAGUCCUGUGGAAGCGGU